GAGAGAGGAACAUUACCCUUUGGAACGGACGAGACUGACCUGUUUGAAGGAGUGCCAUUUAGACUGAAAGGUGCAGUGAUUUUGAAACAGGCAUACUGUACACACAACAGGAAUAUGAGGAAACUCUUUCAACAAUGGUAGAUAGAGGAACACUGAGGUUGACUGUCUGACUAUCAUUCUGUCCUGGAUGGACCUCGUUAUGUCCAGCCCCCUUCACUACAUACAAACCGCACUCCCUCACUCUUCUCUCUCUCACAGACACACACCAUCUUAAACCCUGUGUGGGAUGGGGAUUUAAAGAUCUGCAACUGAGGCAGGCUUGUAAUCAGAUGAAAUCAGAUGAGAUUAUCCCAAAAAUCCCUUCAUCUUUCCCACUGCUGGAGAAGCGUUAGAGGAGCUGGAGGAGGCGGAGACACUGGGCCAGGAGGGGUGGGGUCUGACGGAGUGACAGAGUGAAAGAGGGAAGGAGGGGUUCACCUGUGGAUGUGUAGGGGAAAAGAGACACCACUGCUGUUGCCUGUUCCCUUUAAAGGUCCCACGUAGACACUGAGAUGACUGCACGCCGACAUUAGAGAAAGGAAGAAAAUCAGGGAGACAGAAAGGGCUGGGAAGGACUGGGGAAAAGGCAGUGCAGAGAGAAAGAUAAAGAAGAGAAAAUAAAUUCUGCCUGCAACUCUCAUCACAGGUUUUCCAUGGAAGAGAUUGGGUGCCCCGUGUCUGAUCUGUAUCCACCUGGUAGCACCAUCCCAUCAAAUCCUACUGUCACUAAUGACAUUAUUAUUCCACUUUCUGCAAAAGUGAAGGACAUCAAGCCUGAGGAGCUGCAGAAGAGUUCCAGUGAAUUAUCACGCUCAGACAAUAUCCUGGAAGACAGAGGGCAUAUAAAAGACAAAGAAAAAUGCCUUCACAAUGUCCUACAUCCACACACUAUUGCAGAGGUUCACAUAUCUGAUGAAGCAGGUGCCCAGAUGGCAUCUGGUGUGAACCAUCGGAAUGAACAGGCAUCACUGGUCAUCACAGAGAAAGUCUCCUCAUUACACAGGUACCCAGGAGAAGAGAACCUGACCCCCCCAACAAUGCAAUAUUUUCAGAGGAGUCACUCAGAUACCCUUCAUAUUCAGCAAGAGGACCAUAUUCAUCCACUUCAAAGUGAAACCUUUGAACCUACUUCUCUGAAUAAGAACCAAGAAGCACCCACAUUGUCCUUUGUUUGUAGGGAGGCCAUGCAUACACAACAAAGCAGUAGUGUCACCACUUUCUGCAGAGAACCACAAAGCCCAAUCCAGCCAAGUUCUGUUCAGGUUUGCACGUCUGGCUGUGCUCAGGUAUCAGGAGAGAUUUCCAGGGACAUUAAACCCUCUAAGCUUGAAGCAGCUGCUUGCUGCAGCUCGUACCAUCAUGGAGCUGCUGAGGACACGUUUGCUGCCUACUGUCACCCCCAGCCCAUACCUUCUCCUGCCCAACUUGUACCACUACUAAUGAACAUGGAGGCAGACAGCAAGGGGCAGAAAGCAACCUUGUUAUCUCUUCCCCCACUCGUUUCCUCCAUCAGUGAGACAAGACUGGAUUCUAAAAGACUGGUCCACUGCUGCAGCCUGGACUGUAAGUGGCCUGGCUCUUUGCGCCAGGCUGGAAGUCAGCAGCAAUCAGUGAAAGAGGUUAGAAACAUGAGAGAUGCAGGGACUAUGACCUCCUGCAGGGAGCUGAUGGAUAUAGGGGUGCAAGUGGGUCAGGACUCAGAAAGGUCACCUCAACAUGUCUUCCCAAAGGUGUGUCUGGUGGAUGAGAAAGAAAAUGGAAAUGACGAGCUUACAGGGCAACAGAAAAGUGCAGUAAAGGAUGUGAAGUGGGACUCAGAAGGAAUGACAUGGGAGGUCUAUGGUGCCUCAGUGGAUCCUGAGGAACUGGGCUUGGCUAUUCAAAAGCACUUGGAGCUGCAGAUCAAGGAGACCGCAGGAAGAGCAGCAAAAUUCUCACAGCAGAACACAACCACCUCACAGCUGGGAAAUGAGAAAAGGGAGAGCAAGAGGAGGAGGGGAGUAAUGGCAGCUCUUCAUCCUUCAGUCUGUUGUAGCCGGGCCUCUACUGCAGUGGACUAACUACCAAAACGAUCUGGGUUUUGUAUUUUCAAGCAUCACAGAUUUCUCAGAAUUUGUAGACAAUGUAUGAAGUGGGUUAUAUUUGAAGUACAACACUGGAUGAGAGAGAACAUGUGCAUAAGUCUUCCUUUCAGUUUCAGAACCUCAUGUACUGCUUAUGAAAACUUUAGCUUGACCUUAAGGGCUACUUACUUGGUAUAUAAUUCCAUUCAUUUUUCUGUCAGUGGAGUACUUUAUUUAUUACUACAGUACAAAAACUUUCCUGUCACUCUUAAGCAGCAGAGUAAUAGCUUUCGGGAGUACUAAGUCUAAGACAGCAACAGAUAAGACAGAAAGACUUAUCAAACCCGACUAUGAGCCUGAGCCUGAGACCAUCUGACACCUGUUGACUCCCCACUAAAAUUAAACAACUCAGCUGAUAAUGCUCAAGUAAGGUCAAGGUAAUCAAGGCUAUGGUCAAGAUAACUAAAUAGUUCAAGUUAGUUUAAGUCCCAGAACUGGCAACGGUUGACAAGAGUGACCUUGUGGUCGCAGGUACCAAUUCCACAAUCCUGUUAAAGAAUGGGCCCUCCUGAAGAACAAGGCCCUUAAUCCCUAAUAGUUCCAGAGGUACCCAAGAGACUGAUACUGAGCUUUGACCCUGUGCUUCCUUACAUGUUUGAGAAAGGGUAUGCUAAGAGAAAAACCCUAUGUAGCAAUAAAAUGGCCAAUAAAGAGUCUCUGCUACUUCCAGAAUGUUCAAAGAAAUGUCUGACGCAAACUUUAAACAUUAAGUAUGUCUUUGUAUAGCCAAGAAUUAAUAAAGAACAGCAGACUAAGACUUGAAAUAAUGAAGGUUCAAGAGAACCCAGAUGUCAAAGCAAGAGCUCUGUAUCUCUGCAGUACCUUAGUUUGUAUCUUCUGUGUUGAGUGAAACACCUCAGAAAUCAAACCAAUAAUUUUUAUUAUCACCCUUUUUUUAAAAAUGUUUUUUCAAGUGGGUUAAAGAGUCCUUUAAUAUUUUUGGAUUAACUGAGAUACGAAUAUAGAGGAAAUCAGAGGAUAUCAGUCUAGAAUAUAUUAAGACUCAAUUAGAAUAAUACUAAGCUGAAAAGUUAUGUGAACUCUCUGUCAAUACAUACAGUCCACUCUGAAGCUAUUGGAGUCAAUUAAUUUUUGUGUUAUAGACAAAAGACGUUUGGGUUUGAUAUCAGAAGAUGUAUAAGAGUCGAUAGUUUAGGAUUUCAGCUUUUAUUUCCUGGUAUGUACAACCUUUUGUAUCAGACCACCCACUUUUUAGGAAAGAUAAAGUACAGGAACAGAUAAGUCUCGAGGAAAAGUAAAGUAAAUAACACUUAACAUUUGGUUGCAUAUCCACAUCUUCACAGCUCUCACAAAAUUUCUCUCAUCAGCUGUUGUUGUUUUCCUUGGCUGACCCAUUUGAUGUCUGUUACACAGUACAACGGUGGUUUCUUUCUUUUUCAGGACAUUUCAAAUUGUUGUUCAUGUUUGUUUAAUCCUUUUAGCAAUGUUUUCACAGGUGAAACUGAUAGCUAAAACCAAGAGUAGAUGUUCAGAGCUAUUUAUUGUUUAAACAACCAAUCUAACAGGACACACCUGGGUAACAAGAAACACCCAUCACAUGUUCCAAUAUUUUUGCUCACCUACAAAUUGGUUAGUCUGAUACAAAAUGUGCUAUGUUCUAUGUCAUUUAACACCUCUACAUAUAAAUACCAGGAAAUAAAUAAAUGUCGAAAUUCUAAACUUCUAAAAAUUUUCAUAUUUAUCUUUUGAUCUCAAACCCAAAUGUUUUCAGGCUACAGCAAAAACAAAUGAAUUGGCCUUGUCAUUCCAAUAGUUUUGGAGGUGACUGUAACAGAACAAUUUUACUUUUGCACAUAAGUAUUCUUGCUCAUUACAGUUGCAUCCUCUCCAGUGAUCUCAGGUUAAUUGCUUUUGCCAGUCAAUUACAGUAUAUGCAUAUGUACAGUAUAUAUACAACCUAAAAUAUUCCAUCACGUCAGAGGCAGGUCUAACUAUGAACCACACUCUCAUCCAUGUGUCAAAAAAAUAUGAGCAAUUUGUACUAAUCUUCACAACAAACAUUUCAGUGUCUAAAGUGCAGAUUGAGAGACUGAUAUAAAAAGAAAACCUUCCCUAAAACUCCUUUCCUGAAGAAUAUUAAAAAUUCUGUGCUGUCUUUACAAAAUUCGAUCAGUUAGUGUAUUGUGUGUAGCGCACUGUGAUGAGAGGCAGCAUAACAGCUGAAAUGUUGCACCAUCUGCUGGUCUAAAUGUCUCUUUGUCUUUCAUUUUGUCUGUGAUUAGGAUGGUGUGAUGAUGGUAUAAAAAGUAGUACUCUAAUUAACCAUGUUAUUAUUACUACUACUGCUGUUAGACUGAACUGAGCAUUCAGUCUAUGUUGUGUGGAAAAAUGUCCUUUAACAACAAAAAAAGCAUAAAUGUGUGUUUAUAUUUUGGAUGUAUAUAUAUUAUAUAUAACAUCUAACAUCUAUAUAAUAUGGAUGAAAAAGAAAAUUAAAUAGAAAAACUAAGACUUAGUUAAGACUAACACCACUGUCACAUUUGAGAUAUAACUAAUGUUCAUCAUUCAGACACAUCUGAAGGAAAUUCUAAUGCAAUCAUUUUAAUUGUGACAAUAAAUGUAAGAAUGACUUUGUCUCGAUUUCACAUAAUGCAUAUUAAUUUGAUACAUACCGCUAAUUAAUUCAGCAACAAGAACGCUUUCAUUGUGAGACUAAGAGAUUUUAUCCUGUUGCCUAGAGCUGUGUUUCUACCCUUUAUUACUAGAGCAUUACUAAUACUGGACUCUGAUCCAUAGUGUCACACUAUAAUCUCGGUAGGAUGGAUUUUCUAUGAAAUGUUUGAGUCCUAAUUUUAAAAUGUAUAUGUCUUCACCUUUUGAGAUGCACAAAUAUAGUUGUAAUAAUUUUUUAUCAGUGUAAUGGUGUGAUGAUCAUGUUUAGGACAAAUAAAUAUUCUGUAUUCA